CUCCCCACGUGUAUAUCAGCGAAGAGCCUUUACGGGGAAGAUACUACAAGAAGACGGAGUUUUCAUGUCACUGUUAGAAUUAGAAUUAAACACUAACUUUUUGAGGUUUCUCUUGAUGUACCUGAAAGUUGAUAUCGAGCACAUAACUUACAGAAAUAUAAAAAAGUGGAAAUGAGCUCAGUAGUUCGGCCAUAGACCAACAACAACGGCGCUUCCCUUCAUCACUCUCUUCCCAUGAACCAUUGCGCGAGUCCGCUUAGUGACAUGAAAACUCCGGCGUCUUCUUGGAGUAUCUCUCCCAUAUAGGCUCUUCGCUGAUCUACACGUGGGGAGUUUGAACACGUCGCUAUCUCGCUAAAGAUCCAAAUCUGAGGAUGAAGAGCGAGGACGUGGAGCGGCUGUUAAUCCAGUUUCAGGAUGAAGAAGGGGAGGUCCUGGGCUCACCUUUCGACGUGCCUUUAGACAUCACCCCAGACAAACUACAGCUCGUCUGCAAUGCACUGCUACAAAAGGAUGAGCCAGUGCCACUGGCAUUUUUUGUGCGUGGAGAGGCUGAGGUGGUGUCCAGUCUGGGAUUGUGUGUGCAGGCUCUUGGGGUCGAGACAGAGCAAGUUGUGCCGGUGGUUUACCAGCCUCAGGCUGUGUUCAGGGUUAGAGCGGUGGCCCGCUGUACCAGCACACUACAGGGACACACAGAAGCUGUCAUCUCAACUGCUUUCAGCCCCACCGGCAAAUAUCUGGCAAGUGGUUCAGGCGAUACCACAGUACGUUUUUGGGACUUGACUACUGAGACACCUCACCACACUGCCAGAGGACACACACAUUGGGUACUGAGCAUCGCCUGGUCACCCGAUGGAAAGAAGCUGGCUUCAGGGUGCAAGAACAGUCAGAUCUGUCUGUGGGAUCCAGUGACAGGUACACAGAUGGGGAAGACUUUGACCGGACACACCAAGUGGAUCACUUGGCUCAGCUGGGAACCCCUCCACCUUAACCCAGAGUGUCGGUACUUAGCCAGCAGCUCUAAGGACGGCUCAAUACGAGUCUGGGACACAGUGCUGGGACGCUGUGAGAAGAUCCUGACUGGACACACUCAGUCAGUCACCUGUGUGAAGUGGGGAGGAGAUGGACUUCUUUACACUUCCUCCCAGGACAGAAUGGUGAAAGUCUGGAGAGCCAAAGAUGGUGUCCAGUGCAGGACUCUGCAGGGUCAUGCCCAUUGGGUGAACACCUUGGCUCUCAGCACAGACUAUGUCCUGCGCACUGGAGCGUUUGAACCUGCAACCGCCACUAUCAACCCCCAGGACCUCACUGGAUCAUUGGAAGAGCUGAAGGACAAAGCUUUGCAGAGAUAUAAUAAAGUUAGGGGUUCAGCUCCAGAGCGCUUGGUGUCCGGGUCCGAUGAUUUCACCUUGUUCAUGUGGAACCCUGCCGAAGACAAGAAGCCUCUGGCCAGGAUGACUGGACACAGCGCUCUGGUCAACCAAGUGCUCUUCUCCCCAGACACCAGGCUCCUCGCCUCUGCCUCAUUCGACAAGUCCAUUAAAAUCUGGGACGGACGCACUGGGAAGUACCUAACUUCCCUGCGGGGCCACGUGGCAUCUGUGUAUCAAGUGGCGUGGUCGUCAGACAGCAGGCUGCUGGUCAGUGGCAGCAGCGACAGCACACUUAAAGUUUGGGACAUCAAGACAGGGAAGCUGAACAUGGACCUGCCCGGCCACGCUGAUGAGGUUUAUGCAGUGGACUGGAGUCCUGAUGGACAAAGAGUGGCCAGUGGUGGGAAAGACAAAUGUCUCAGAAUAUGGAGAAGAUAGCCACACCUCCGUUCCCUUUCCCAACUUUGGCAGAUGAUUUCACAUCUUCUACGAUCAAGAAGCUUGACAGCUGGAGCAAAGGCGGCUUGGCUGUACCUAAUCCCCCAUUUGGCUUUAUUACACUGUCAUUGUGUCAAGGAGCUCUAACUGAGUCAUGAUGCAAAACCCCUUCCCCAGGUUUGAAACGCAUGUGGGAAUAUUAAUAACACUUUCAAGGUGUUUAGCGGAAUGGGAGUUUAAAACAGGAGAGUUCGUAAUCAUCAGAACUUCCAUCCAUUGAGCUACAUUGUAAAAAUGUAUGUCAGUGUUAGCAUCUCACAUUGAAAGGGUUUCCAUUCAUGUACAUAUUGUUUUGUGCAUAUCAGGGGCCCUGACAUGUAAAGAUCUUAAAAUGUAAAGCCUUGUCAUAGUGCCACGUCCACAUGCAGAAACUACAGACAACACAUUUAUUUCUGAACACAGAAUAUAAUGCAUACAUUGAGAGAUUAGUAAAAGACGUAAACUUACUAGAUGAACUAUAUACUGCAGGGGACAGGUGGACCAGUGCGGCAAAAGGUGGGAGCGUUUAAUACCUUCCUCUGAUUUUAAUGCCGACCACACUCGCCCUGCACCUUCAGCUUUUAAUCUCCUGUCCCGGUCAGCAAAGCCUCAGCCUGCUGCGGUGAAGCCAAGUGUCACCAGUUCUGAACUUCCUGGUCCUCCAUCCCACCGAGGAAAGAACAAGGACAUUUUCAUUCAUUUAUUCAUUGAUACAAAUAAAUAUUAACAUACAAAAAACAGGGAAAUCGUUUUUAUAUAAUCUUACAUGACCUGCUUGACCUUACAGGCCCCCGCUGUCGGAAGAAGCUGCUUUAAAUUAAGAGUUUGUAAAUGCUUGAGGUGGUCGGGGAAACCAACAAGUGAAAACAUUGUUUAUGUUAGCCAUAUAGUGUGGCUGUAUUGUAUUUAGUCCAUUUCAUAACACAUUUCUAUUUAUAAAAUCAAAACUCAUAAGAAAAUAAACAAGACUUGAUGUUGGUCA